AUAAAUAAUAAUUAAAUGAUAUUAGAUUUCAUAUUGGCAUUCUUGGGUAUCACGGUUCCUCGGUAUUAUAAGUCUUCCCUUGCCCUCAAUAUCUCACACGCAAAUUUGCAUUGUUUUUUUCAUUGUAUUGCGAGAGCGUUGCAUAAAUCAGCGUUUGCAGAGGUUCACAGUUCGUGUCAGAGGAAGUUCAUGUCAGAUCUAGACGUCCAAAUUCCCACCUUUGACCCAUUCAAGGAGUCAGAAACAGACGAUGUUGGAUCGGGUACAAAGGAUUAUGUACAUGUUCGCAUACAGCAGCGAAACGGUAGAAAGAGCCUGACUACCAUUCAAGGACUUCGAAAGGAAUACAAUUACAAUAAAAUUCUCAAAGAUUUCAAGAAAGAGUUCUGUUGCAAUGGUACUGUAGUACAGGAUCCAGAGCUGGGGCAGGUUAUCCAGCUUCAAGGUGAUCAGAGGAAGAAUGCAUCUCAGUUCCUUAUCAAUGCUGGUUUGGUGAAGAAGGAUAAAAUCAAGAUGCAUGGUUUUUAAGAGGCUAUUUUUUAAUGAAUAAUAAGAAAGAUAUUCAUGUUCUGAUUUACCACUAUAUAUUUCAGACUGUUUUACUUACUAUCAAUAUUUGGAGUCUUUUGGCUCAUAUUGGGACGAUUAAUGGUUGACUUUUGUAUUGGUUUUCAUAAAGGCCUUGUAAUUGGCAUUGGGGAACUGCAAGUAAUGUUUAUUUCAAUGCUUAAAUAUAAAUAUAAGAUGAAAUGUGCUUCUGAAACAA